AUGCUGCCACUACGUAGCAUUCAAGGAACUUUGUUCCGCAUCAGACCAUCAAUACACCAAACCUCCCGCCAAACCCGAUUCUUCUCUGCCCUCGCCGCCUCACCAACCUCAAAGACCCAAGUCUACACCUCAAACUCUCGCGACCCCUACGUGAACCUCUCCAUCGAGCACCACCUCCUUCAAAUGACCCCAUCUGACUCGACCGUCCUCUUCCUGUACACAAACCGCCCCAGCAUCGUCAUCGGCCGCAACCAGAACCCGUGGCUCGAGGUCAACCUUCCCCUCCUUAAGUCUCUACCCCCGUCGGAUGCCAUCGACCUCGUCCGCCGCCGCAGCGGAGGCGGAACGGUCUUCCACGAUGAGGGCAAUGUAAACUACUCCGUCAUCUGCCCGCCUGCAAACUUUGACCGCGACACCCAUGCAGAGAUGGUCGUCCGCGCCCUCCGCUCCCUCAGCGUCGAGGGCGCCGCCGUCAACUGCCGCCAUGACAUUGUCAUGACUCUUCCCCCUUCGCCUUCCUCUUCAGGAACCUCCGACAAAGCACCGGAUACCACCGCCUCCGUAGAAGCGGCAUCGUGCAGCAAGCCAAAGGUGAACGCGGAAAACACGUUCAAGAUCUCCGGCUCGGCGUACAAGCUCACCCGUCUCCGCUCCCUGCACCACGGAACGUGUCUCCUCUCGUCCCCGAACCUGCCGCGCAUUGGCAGCUUCCUGCAGUCUCCCGCGGAACCCUUCAUCAAGGCCCGCGGCGUCGAGAGUGUGCGCUCACGUAUCCGCAACGUGGGCAUCACCGACACAUCGACGUUCGAGGAUGCCGUGAUUAGCGAAUUUGGAAAAAUGUACGGUGACUUCACUGUCCGGGCAGAACUGGGCGAGAAGGAUGCGCUCGGAGAGGAUAAGGUAAAGAAGGGACUCAAGGAAUUACGGUCUCGGGAAUGGACGUAUGGCCAGACCCCUCUAUUCACCUUCUCUACACACCCCUCUGAAGAAGACACGCGGGAACGUCCUCAGCUCCCGGGCAACCCAAUCUACCCAGCACAGCCAGCUGACCCCGUCCAGUUCAACCUCACAUUUGAAGCCCGCCACGGCCUCGUCCAAAGCUUCUCUCUGUCCGGACCGUCCUCUAGUCUCUCUAGUCAAGGAUCGGCCAAGCUCUCGAAUUCCAUGAUCAACACUCAGAUCUGGGAGGUCGCAGACUGGGAAGAGCGUCUCCGCGCGGAGGGUUUGGACCAUAGCGAAGCGUCGACCGUGGGAAAGUGGCUGAACUCUGUGCUGGCAAAUGGAAAGUAA